GUGCCAUCGCCAUGUUCCGCUAAAGUGCCAUCACCAUUUCGAAAUAGUUUAUUUUUUUUUGGGACCUGGUAAAUUCGUAGAAUUGAAUUGUUGAAGAAAUUGGUGCGGCAUGGCGGACAAACGGAAAUACAAGAAGACGAAGGAGGAAAUCCGGCGCGAGAUUGCGAGGGAGUUCGAUCUCCCUGAGCGCAAGUCCAAAAUAGCCACCAUACUGAAGCAGGAGGAUCAGGCCUACUGCAUCUGCCGCUCCUCCGACUCCGACAGGUUUAUGAUCGGUUGCGAUGGCUGUGAGGAGUGGUACCACGGCGACUGCAUCGGGAUCACCGAGAAGGAGGCCAAGCACAUCAAGCAGUACUACUGCCGGCGCUAAAAAGAGAAUCCGGAGCUGCAGACCAUAUUCCGCCUGGUGGCCACCGAACGGGCGGCCGCCUCGAAUGCCGCCUCCACCAGUUUGAGUGCCACACAGGGCUUGGGUUCGGCUCCAAGUGGCGGAACACCUGGCGGCAGUGGAGCUCCUGGCGCGGCACCCGCACCCGCCCAACUGCCAUCGCUGAAGCGGAAGAACAGCAAUGCAAGGGAGCCAAAGGCGGGCAAGCGGUGCGGCACCUGCGAGGGAUGCCGGCGUCCCAAUUGCAACCAGUGCGAUGCCUGUCGCGUCCGUGUGGGCCACAAGCCGCGCUGCAUAUUCCGCACGUGCGUGGCCCAGGCCCAGGCGACGACCAGUGGCAAGGAGGCGGCGCCACAAGGUCAGGGCCGCAAGCGGGAGAAGGCCGCGCCCAAGGACCGCAAGCCGAAGGUGGGCCUGCGGGCGGCCAGCCCAGAGGUGUACCUCAAUCCGGAGCUGGAGGGCACGCGACAGUGCCACGGUCCGAAAUGCUGCUGCCAGGCGAGGCCGCAGAGCAAGUACUGCAGCGACAAGUGCGGCUUCAAUCUGGCCACCAACCGCAUCUUCCAGGUCCUGCCGCAGCGCCUGCAGGAGUGGAACCUGACGCCCUGCCACGCCGCCGAGGAUACGCGCAAGCACCUGGAGGGCAUCCGGCACAAGCAGUCGCUGGUGCGCUUCGCCCUCGCCGAGCUGGAGAAGCGCUCCGACGAGCUGAACAUGAUUGUGGAGCGGGCCAAGCGCAGCUCCAUCGACGCGAUGGGGCCGCACGACACGGCGGACAUGGAGGACGAGCAGAGCAUGUACUGCAUCACCUGCGGCCACGAGAUUCACUCGCGCACGGCCAUCAAGCACAUGGAGAAGUGCUUCAACAAAUACGAAUCGCAGGCCAGCUUCGGCAGCAUCUUCCAAACGCGCAUGGAGGGCAACAAUAUGUUCUGUGACUUCUACAAUCCGGCCAGCAAGACGUACUGCAAGCGCUUGAGAGUGCUGUGUCCCGAGCACAGCAAGGACCCGAAGGUAAGCGACACGGAUGUGUGCGGCUCGCCGCUGGUCAACGACGUCUUCACGCCCGCCGGCGAGUUUUGCCGGGCGCCGAAGAAGAAUUGCUUCAAGCACUACGCCUGGGAGAAGAUCCGGCGGGCGGAGAUCGAUCUGGAGCGGGUGCGUCAAUGGCUCAAAAUGGACGACCUGAUGGAGCAGGAGCGCAUGCUGCGCCAGCAGCUCACCUCGCGUGCCAAUCUGCUCGGCCUGAUGCUGCACUCCACCUACAACCACGAGGUGAUGGACGAGCUGGUGCGCAAGCAGCAGGAGCAUUUGGCCGAGUUCGAGAAGCAGAAGCGACGCCAGGCGCACCAGCAGCAGAUGCAUGCGCAGCAGAAACUGAAUCAGGAAAAGCACCAGCAGCAGCAAUUGCUACUGCAACAGCAGCAACAGCAGCAGCUGCAACAGCAGCAGCAGCAGCAACAGCAGCAACAGCAGCAGCUGCAACAGCUGCAGCAACAGCAGCAGCAACAGCAGCCACAAAAACUAAUCUACCUGCAGCGAAAGCCAUAGAUUUCCAUUCCCCUAAGCAUACGUAAAAACAAAAGCAAUAAACUGACAUGCAAGAAACCCUUUGGUACGCGAA